AUGUCAUUUCUAACGGUUCAUUCACUGCGAAUACUGAAAUACUUUUGCGCAAUUAUCGUAAUUUUAUAUAAUUUAAACAGUCACACUGCUGCGGCUCAAAGUAUUUUAGAUCGCUUUCGACCCAAUUCGAAUCUCUCAAGUGUUGGUGGCGGUGAUGAACAAGUGAAAAUUGUUUCCGGCACAAAAGUUAAGCGUUUUGAACGUUUUACAUUGCCACUGGUGGGACCGGUAAAUCUAUUGCAUCCCCAACCCUCGUUAUAUUAUGUGGCCCCUCAAUGGCAAGCAGGAGCUAAAAUAACUGGUGAAGGUAUAGACGGUAUGAUAACGUUCCAACAGCUGCCCUACAACAAUGACAUCAAGGUAACCUUAAAUGCCACUGGCAUACCGGCUGGAAAACAUGCAUUACACAUACAUACCUAUGGAGAUUUAACAGAUGGCUGCAAGUCUACCGGUGGCCAGUUUCCCAAUAAUUUUCUGGGUAAUAUUGAGGCUAAAGAAGGUGGUGAAGUAAAUGUGGCCUUUAUUAGCAUCUAUUUAACGCUGUUUGGCUAUAAUGGCAUAAUCGGACGUUCCAUUGUUAUACACGAGAAACCGAUUGAUUUGAAUACGGCUUUGAAUGCUGAUAUAUUUUCUUCCGCUCUGCAUGCAAUACCCAAUCCCCAGGCAUAUCAGAAUGAAGAGAACUCAGUGGGAGAAAUAAUAGCUUGUGGAGUUAUUAGUAUUAUGGGAAUUCCCGCCGCAGAAAAAUAA